AUGCUGGAAAACUUUCUUAGAUUGUGUCUGUUAUUAUUGACGUGUGAGGGUGCAAACUGGAAUGGAUGGAGCCUAAAUGAUAAUAAUGAUCGCUAUCAACGAUCACUGUUACCGUUUAAACUACCUACAGAUAGUCCUAAACCUGUGCAAUUUAAGGAAAAAUGGUUCUAUAAAACGGAUGGACCGGUGACAGCAACUCCAACUAUCUACGAGAAUCGAAUAUAUUUUCCUGAUAACAGCGGUAAGUUGUACAGUCUCACAUUGAAUGGAAAGCUAGAUUGGAAUGUGUCAAUUGGCAAAUUACUUGGUUCUAGUAUUUACAAUUCUCGUACAAGUCCAGUUGUGCACGGUAAUAUGUUAGUUUUGGGCACACAAGCAGGCGUCAUCGCCGACUCAUCAGUAAAUCCAGACGGAGCUAAGUUAUUUGCUGUGAGUCGAGCGAACGGCAAAUUACUAUGGUCAACAACGGUCGAUGAACAUCUAGCCGCUGUGAUAACAACUAGUGCAGUGGUUGUUGGUGAUCGAGCUUUCAUCGGUGUGUCGUCAAAAGAAGAAAAUCUAGCUGAUGAUAAGAACUAUAAAUGUUGCACAUUUCAAGGUUCAGUAGUGGCUGUUAAUGUUACAAGCGGGAAAAUUAUAUGGAAAACGAAAAUGUUGCCAGAUAAUAAGAAUAAGCCAGGUGGCUACGCAGGUUCUGCAGUAUGGGGCAGUUCAUUUCCCGUCGAUCAAAAGCGGAAUCAAAUAUAUGUGGCAACGGGAAAUAACUACAUGUUACCAAAAUCAAUCCAAAAAUGUAUUUCUGGCACAGAAAAGAUUAAGCACUUAUUUGUUGCUGAUCCGUGUCAAGAACGAGACAACUAUGGUCAAUCAGUAAUGGCUAUCGAUAUGAACAGUGGUCAGGUGAGAUGGGUCGAAUCACUAGGACCAAUUAACGCAUUUACGGCCAGUUGUUUAGCUCUCGGAGCGUCAAAAACAUCGGCUAUUAACUGUCCCAAAAAUCCAGGUCCCGACUAUGAUUUUGGUCAAGCACCAAUUCUAAAACGACAUAUUCCGUACAAAUUUGGUGGUGAAAAACGUGAUCAGAUAUACGUUGGUCAAAAAUCUGGCCAAGCGUACGCAUUUGAUGCUGAAACGGGGUAUUUAAUCUGGACAACGGUGGGUGGACCGGGUAGCGCUGUUGGUGGAAUGGAAUUUGGAUCGACCGCUGACGAUGAUUACUUUUAUGUAGGUAACAACAACGCAGAUUUGAAGCAAUAUACACUACCUAAUGGAAGAAAGACGCGCGCACCUAGCUGGUCAUCAAUCAGCUUGAAAACUGGAAAAAUACGCUGGACAACAACCGAUCCCCAGGGCUUGAAUGGCAGUGCGUUUGCGCCACUCACUAUUUGGGAUCAGCUUGUUCUGGUUCAAGGCGGUACCCAACCGUUAUCGAUUCGAAUGCAAGGGGAUUCGAAUUUUACACGCGGGUGUUUAUAUGGUUUAAGAAAGGAUGACGGGCACAUUUUAUAUGAAAAGUGUAUUGACAAUAAAAUUGGUGGUGGUGCAUCAGUGGUAGACAAAAUAAUAUACUUGGGCAGUGGCUAUCAACUGACAACAUCAUCCGGCGGACUGUAUGCACUUGAGUUACCUUGA